UAAGCGGAUCAGUCAAAUUUUAGAGGUCUAGACGCGCAAACCGCAGAAAGAGGUCCAAGACAAAAACGCGAUCGAUCGAACGAACGGAAAACAUUGACAUUAGAAAAGCAAAAAAUUAAAAUUAUAAAAAUAUAUAUUUGUGUGUUUGUAUGUUCUGUACAAAAAUAUACAUACUUAUGUGCGUGAAAAGCUUUUUUUUCCAUGGAAUAAAAAUAAAUAAAUAAAUUAUUUCAAGAAAAUCGAAAGUCAUAAAUAAAGUGAAUAUCAAAAUAAAAUAAAAAUAUUCUGCUUUAAACCCCGAAAUCCAUAAAACACGCGUUUUACCCCUCCAUUGUGAACCGUUACAAAACGUAAAACUCUAUGAAUUACUACUACUCUAAUUUUCGUGAGGGUGCCAGCGGCAAGAGCGGUGGUGGCGGUAGCAAAUUACAAACGAAAGCAAAUCGUACUAAACGCUCGCGUGACAUGGGUCUCACAUCGCAGUCCGACGACAUACACUACAGGACACAUCUGUUUUUCUCACCGAAUCGGCCGGGUUAUGAUGUGGGCGAAGAACAACUCAUUGCAGAGCGGUGCAGUGGCUUUACCGGUAAUCCUUCAACCUCCACCACCAACACCACCGGCACGCUUCCACUGUCACCCAUCCAGCAUGAGUCUAUGGAUGCACCACAGCCUUUAGUUGAUCGCAAGCCUUCUGUGUCGCUAUUAAGAUGGAACAACAACAACCACACCAACGGCAACAACAACAGCAACAGUAACAUCACAACAAAUAUUCACAACUACCAUCACUACCAGUCACCACUACCACCACCACCACCAUCAGCAACAACAACAGCAACACCAUCCCAUAGAAGUAGUUUUAGAAAACCAAUUGAUAGCAUUCAAAUGACAGAGACCAACCGUCACAACAACAACGCCAACAUCAACUACAACAAGACAAGCGGCUACAACACCACGCCAGGCUCCUCCACAUUGCUACAACAACAUCAGCAGGGGCUUGCGGGGUUAUCUUCAACCGCUGCUGUUAGGCAAGCUAGCUAUGGCAUAACUGGCAGCGGCUCGGCCAUGGGUCCCAGCAAUGGCCUCGUCUCCAUGUCGUCGGGCGGUGUGCGCAGCGAACCCAUAUCAUUGGCCACCCUGGAUCGUGAUUGUUUCAUAAUACCUGUACAUAGUGUAGAUCGUUUUCUGCCAGCUGGCAUACCGCUGCCACCAUCCCCCGUCGAUGGUAAUUCAACGAAACCUUCCAGCCCCCUCAGUGUUCUGGAGGUAUCCGAUCCCAAAUUAUGCAUUUUAGUUCAUUUGAUGAGUCCCCUCGAACCCAUUGACCCGGUGCUUGAAUCCCCCCUCGCCCAUCCAUUGCUGAAACAACGUUCAGUGGCCUCGGAACUUUUGACGGAAGUGCAACAGGCCAAUACAGCGGUGGGUGGUAUGCUAUUGGCCAAUAUGGAGAAAAUUUCCGAAUUUCCUUUUAUUACCUAUUAUGUUAUAAAUACCACACAAACGGAUCCUUCAAACUUUUAUUCGGGCAUAAGAGUCUCCUCGCUAUCGAAAUUUGAGCCAAAAAACUUAAGAUACACUGCCGCUCAUACCUUAGAUUUAUACAGUGAAGUGGCUGCCAUAUGUCGUCCGCCAUUGCAGUUGGCCCCCAGUGAAAGUGGCAGCUUUAAGAAGACACAAACUCCGGCCACCGGUUAUAUCAUUUCAGUAUUUAAGGUCUUCGAAGGCGACGAUGGUGAACGCUUUGAAAAGAAUUGGCUGUAUUGGACGGGUGCUAGAAUGUUAUACAGAUAUCUACCACGUACUGCCGGCUUACGGCGCAUAUCUUUGCAUAAAAGCACUUCCCAACGUGGCGAUAAAAUGUACCUGCUUAUCUGUGAGUGUGCCGAACUUCUAAAGGACAUAAAUGCUGCUGCCGUUUUAAUACCUGCCCUGAGAGCUCGCCUGUGUGGCUAUACGGGGUUAUAUAGGCCAAUACAGGCGUUUUAGUUAGGCAAGAAGAAAAAAAAACCAAAA